AUGCUCGCAUUUAGAGCUACGUCGCGUCAAUGCAUCCGCAGGACAGUUGGAGAGCCUCGAGCGCUAUAUGCACGACAGAAUCAUAGCUUCGCCCAAAGCAAAUUCUUCCGGGUUUCAGAAGAGGUUCGAGACGCGGUGGCCACGGGGAAACCGGUAGUAGCCCUGGAGACUACGAUCUACACUCACGGCUUCCCGUACCCCGAGAAUGUAGCACUGGCAUCGCUCCUAGAAUCGGUUGUUCGCGUGAAUGGGGCAGUUCCCGCUACUAUCGGUAUCCUCAAUGGCGUAGCCCGAGUUGGUCUUCAGCCCGAUGAGCUCACUGAGCUGGCGUCAACCGCGGAGAAGAGAAACGCAUUGAAAGUUUCUCGUCGAGAUUUAGGCUACAUAUGCGGGCUCGGCAUGGCUGGAAAACCGCUUCACGGUGGGACAACGAUUUCUGGUACUAUGGUGCUCGCACAUUUGGCUGGCAUUAAAGUGUUCGGGACAGGUGGUCUGGGGGGUGUUCAUCGUGGCGCUGAGUCGUCGAUGGAUAUUUCUGCCGAUCUGACUGAGUUGGGACGUACUCCGGUGGCUGUGAUCAGCUCAGGGUGCAAAAGCUUCCUAGACAUUCCUCGCACAUUGGAAUACCUCGAAACAGAGGGGGUGUGUGUUGGGACCUUUGCCGACGGCCGUCAAGGUGCCGUGGAUCUACCUGCAUUCUUUACGCGGGACAGUGGAAUCAAAAGCCCCAAGGUUAUUCAAGAUGAGGCGGAAGCAGCGGCUAUUAUCUAUGCCCAAUCACAGCUGCCUGUGUCAUCUGGUAUCCUUUUUGCCAAUCCAGUUUCAAAGGAAUACUCAAUUCCUAAAAGCGAAAUGGAUUUUAUCAUUGACGAAGCAGUCCGUCUUGCGGAUGUCGAGGGCUACCAUGGUAGCGAUAACACGCCUUUCGUGCUGGCCAAGAUCAAGGAGCUCAGCGGUGGAAAGAGCGUGACAGCCAACCGGGCCCUAGUCGAAGCCAAUGUCCAGCGCGCAACAAGGGUUGCGGUUGAGCUUUCCAAAUUAGAACGGUCUAGCGAAACAGUAAACGAACGACAUAUGCCAGCGAUUCUCCGGAUCGGCAGGGCUGACCAAACGGUUUCAUCAGAGGUAGAGCCGGAACUCCACCCAACUAGUGAAAUCCCCGUGACGCAGCCAGAAAAGGCGGAUGUUCUGGUUGCAGGCUCGCUUGCGAUUGACCUGGCAUGCGAUUUUGUUCCGCGAGCUGGGAGUGGUCUAGUACUACCUGCCUUCCACACAUCAAAUCCCGCCGUCAUUGGACAAAGUCUUGGUGGGGUGGGCCACAAUGUUGCUUUUGCUGCAAGCUCCUUGGGAAGCUCUGUUGUUUUUUGCAGUGCAGUCGGUGAUGAUCUUAGUGGCCGGGCCGCGUUGGCUACCCUGGAACAGGAGAAGCUUUCCAUUAGCGGCGUUCAAGUGCUGCCGGCAUCGUCUGGCGCGCGUACUGCACAAUACAUCGCCGUGAACGAUGCGAAGAGAGACCUCCACGUAGCGAUGGCUGAUAUGGGUAUUAUGGAGCUGCCAGACGAUGUCUUAGGCUUUGACCGGUUCUGGGAGCCGAUUAUCGCGCGCACCAAGCCGCAAUGGGUGGUUGUUGAUGCCAACUGGAGUCCUGAGCUUCUAUCUAAGUGGGUUGCAGCAGCUAACAAGCACGGUUCUCGAGUUGCUUUCGAGUCCGUUUCAACUGUGAAAUCUCAAGGACUAUUCAAAUCGAGCGCUGGCGCCAAAGCUGCAGUUGCAGAGUCGGCAUGCGUCCCUAACAACACUGUCAGUCUUGCUGCUCCGAACGAGUUUGAGCUUGCUGCCAUGUAUAUGGCUGCACGGGAGAGCGGCCUGUUCGAGUCUGCUGGCUGGUGGCGCAUCGUUGAUGCAAUGGGAAUGUCUUCGUCUGGGUCACGAGACCGACUUGUUGCAAUGACCUCUGCCGAUCUCGUUAACACCGGGAUCCCGCAGCAGAGUAUACAGCUCCUCCCGUUUCUUCCAUGCAUCAUUACGAAGCUAGGCGCCAGGGGAGCUCUCCUUACGCAGUUGCUUCGACCAGGUGAUUCCCGCCUUACAGCGCCUGAGUACAGCCCGUAUAUCCUGUCUCGCGCCUCGUCUACAGACGAGUUUAUUGGGGGGGUGUAUAUGCGACUGUUCCCUCCUGCUGCUGAGCUAGCAGAUGGAGCCAUUAUCAGCGUCAACGGCGCAGGAGAUACCUUACUAGGCGCUGUCAUCGCAGGGCUUGCAGCCGGCCAUAAAAGAGUGGAGGAUGUGAUUCCUUUUGCACAAGAAGCCAGUGUUAUGACUCUGAAGAGCACAGGCGGUGUCAGCGAAGACCUCAAGAGCCUGCAGCAUCGCCUGAGCCAGCUAUAA